AUGAACGCAGAGGAUAGACACGCAAAACCUGCGCAGGGAAUCAAUCCUCCAAUUUCAUCAAAACUAGGAAGUUAAAAGAUUCGUGUUCCCUGUCCGUUAACCACAACCUCUUCUACAGUAUUCAAAAGGUCAAUUCGGUUCACUAUAAUAACUGAUAGACCGGAGAAUCUUCCAUUCUUCUUCCACAAUCCUCGUUACUGUUUGCAGCGUAGGAUGUAUGCAAAGAUCAAGUUGAAUACUUACAAAUUUAUGGUCUCCCAAUCCAAUCCAAAGACAGGGUCAAAGAUCUCAAGGUGAAGAAUUUGAAGAUCUGAAGGGGAAUCCCACCUUGGGUUUUCCAUAUAUAGGUUUGGGAAUCUCAAAGAUUUCAGCUUUUUUUGUCUGGAAAUGGGGGAUGCUUCACAUAUCAGUGGCAAGCUAGCAGAUGACUCGAGUGUGGUGGAGCUGACAGGGAAGAUCAUGGUGGCGGCCAUCAUUUGCCUCUUCUUAGUGGUGAUAAUUGUGUUCUUCCUCCACCUUUAUGCCAAGUGGUUCUGGUACCGGCGCUCGGAGAGCAAUGGCGGCACCACCAGGAGGAGGCGGCGGUUUGAUUUCGCCGCUGGGUAUCAAGAAGUUACUGCUGCCGCUGCCCUCCGCCGGGGGCUUGACCCCUCGGUGCUGAAAACCAUACCAGUAGUUGAAGUUAGUCCCAAAGAGUUCAAAGAUGGGUUGGAAUGUGCAGUUUGUUUGUGUGAGGUUUCUGAGGGGGAAAAGGCAAGGCUUUUGCCCAAAUGCAACCAUGGUUUUCAUGUGGAGUGCAUUGAUAUGUGGUUUCAAUCCCAUUCCACUUGCCCUUUAUGUCGAAACCCGAUUUCCAAUCCCACAACAACGGCAGAAUCGACAUUGGAAACUAUACUUAGGCCGCCACCAGAGGAGGGCUCGGUUUCUGGUGAAACGCCUAAUUUUCCCACGAAUGUGUUGUUCUGGGGGGACGAGACUCGAGUUAGUACCUUGGGGACUGGCUUGGAGGAGCCUCAACAAGGCCCUAUUUCUGCUCAAUCAUCUUGUCCAUCAUCAUCGUCCUCGUCCUCAGCAGCCACUGCCCGAGGAGCUGCAUCGUUGCCAGAGGGGAUGUUGGUUAUUGAUAUUCCUAGGCAGAUUGUAGGUGAAGAUGAUCAGGAACAGAAAUCUCCUAUGACGACGAGAUUGAGGUCGUUGAAGAGGCUCUUGAGCAGGGAAAAAAGGGUCAGUCCUCGUAGUCCUUGUGCUAAUGUUGAUGUAGAACAAGGCGCGAGAAGCCAAAGCUAGCAUAUACAUACUAAUAUAUUGCAUUCUAGACCAUGUGCGCCUUGACCUGAGACGAUCAAACUCUCUAGUCAAUAGCUAUGGUGUGCAAAAGCCAAAAGGCAAACCAAUGCAUAGAAGGAUGAUGUGGUUUUGGGAUUUAAGGUCACAUCCCGAGAUGAAAUGAGCGUCUCCGCUAUGCUCAUUUGUUGUCCGUUCUUUGAUUCUUGAUGCAGAAGAUCAAAACUACAGCUUUGAUUACUGCAUCCUGUAUAGAACUUGUAUCGUAGUUGGCUUCUCUGUUGAGGAUGGAGGUAAUCCCCCCUCUCCUACAGAAGAGUGUUAUAGAUUAUCUUAUGUUAAUGUGAAGUCUCGUGUAUUUUUACACAUGAAAAAAAAAAAAAUCUUUUGCUUAUCUAAAACAUCAUAUGCACACGAGAUUUCUUGAUCUCAUUCCCUGUUACACGUAUGAAAGAACAUCUUAUGCUUAUCUAAAACAUCACAGGCACUCACAAGAUUUCUUGAUCUUAUACCCUGUUACACGUAUGAAAGAACAUUAUGCUUAUAUAAAAAAAAAACAUCACAGGCAUACGAGAUUUCUUGAUCUCAUGAUUUUCAUUUAGUCUGCAAUUGUCUUUAUGGUGGAAGAUGCUUACAUUUUAGAUACACCCUUGAGAGUUGUUAGAGUCAAGAAUCAAGAAAGCUGUGUGGGGGAAUUGAAGUAUGGAUACAGUGGAUAAUGUUGACUAUUGAUGGCAUGUUUGAUUUUUUUGAUUCCAGAAUCUUGUUCCAUUUGCAUUUUAAUAAAUUGAGCAAUUAGAAUAUUAGGCUGCUAAACUUUGCAAGUUAUGAGGUAUGAUAUUCAUUUGGACCUGAUUAAUAUAUUUGCAAUAACUUUGCAAUCAAACCAGCAUAAGUAGUUGGCAAUUGCUUAACUCAAGCUGAAAUUGGUGAUGAUGUCUUGAUUCUUUAAUUGCUUUAAAAUGUUUGAAAA